GGGCGCUUCUUCAGUUGGCGCGCGACCACCACAGGGACACCCCACUCACCAUCUGUGGAGGUGUAGAGAGCUCCUCACAACUCCAACACUUAGCUAAGUGAGGCAAUUAAAGGUCCACAGAAGUGUGUCUGCAGCGCCUUCGGCAGCUAAACAGAACGGCAGGUUGGCUGUGUCAGUAGCAGUGUUGGAGGGGAGCAGCAGAAGGAGGUGCAGCAGGCCAGGACGGCGCGCGGAAACGUUGGCGGGGUCACGGCGGUGUGUGGGGGGCGGCGAGGGUCGCGGGGGGUCGGCGAGGAUUUUCAGUAGCCCGAUGGCGCUGGUGCCUCGCCUGACCCUCCUGCUGGUGGCCCUGUGUUCGCUGCUCGCACCAUGCCUCGCCGCCAACCACGUCUUCACCAACGACUUCAUCGUCAAGAUACAAGGCGGCGACAACGAGCUCGCACAUCGGGUCGCCCGGAGGAACGGCUUCAUUAACCGAGGACCGGUGGUGGGAUCGGCGGAUGGUUUCACUUCGUACACAACGGGCCCUUUCCUUUACGCCAGUACCAAAACGGAAAACAUCCUACACACGCGGAAAACUCAAAGGCCGGGCCCCCAAGUUCACUCUGCGUUCCAACAGCUCGGAUUCCGGCGGGUGAAGCGAGGCUACAAGCCACUGAAAGUUGAGAAUCUCGUCCCCCUACAGAGCAUUCACUCGGACCGGGAUCCGACGGACCCAUACUUCGACUACCAGUGGUAUCUGAAAAACACCGGGCAGAAUGGCGGAAAACCUCGACUGGACCUCAACGUGGAAGCGGCGUGGGCUCAGGGCUUCACAGGGCGCAACGUGACUACUGCCAUUAUGGACGACGGAAUUGACUACAUGCAUCCGGACCUCCGCCACAAUUACAAUGCUCGAGCGAGUUGGGAUUUCAGUAGCAACGACCCUUAUCCCUAUCCACGCUACACCGACGACUGGUUCAACAGCCACGGUACGAGGUGUGCUGGCGAGGUCUCUGCGGCCCGAGACAAUGGGGUUUGUGGCGUCGGCAUUGCGUACGAUUCUCUGGUUGCAGGAAUUCGCAUGUUGGACCAGCCCUACAUGACGGAUCUGAUCGAAGCCAACAGCAUGGGUCAUGAGCCAAACCUCAUACACAUCUACUCGGCCUCGUGGGGUCCUACUGACGAUGGCAAGACCGUGGACGGACCGAGGAACGCUACCAUGAAGGCAAUUGUGAGGGGAGUUAAUGAGGGUCGCAACGGCCUGGGGAACAUCUACGUGUGGGCUUCCGGCGACGGCGGUGAGGACGACGACUGCAACUGCGAUGGUUACGCGGCCUCCAUGUGGACCAUCUCCAUCAACUCGGCCAUUAACGACGGCUCCAACGCGCACUACGACGAGUCCUGCUCCUCCACCCUCGCCUCCACCUUCAGCAACGGAGCCAAGGACCCCAGCACAGGCGUGGCUACAACCGACCUCUACGGAAAGUGCACGAAGACCCACUCAGGUACCUCCGCGGCCGCUCCUGAGGCUGCAGGUGUCUUCGCCCUCGCCCUGGAAGCCAACCCCAACCUGACCUGGCGAGACAUCCAGCACCUGACGGUCCUCACAAGCAAGAGGAACUCGCUCUUCGACGCCAAGCACCGCUACGACUGGCACAUGAAUGGCGUUGGUCUGGAAUUCAACCAUCUGUUCGGCUUCGGUGUGCUGGACGCGGGCGCCAUGGUGGCUCUGGCUCGGGACUGGGUCACCGUCCCGCCGAGGUACCACUGCCAGGCCGGGAUCUACCAGACUCCCAGGAAGAUCAGCGUGAACGAGACCAUCGAAAUCAAGAUUGAGACGGACGCCUGCGCCUGGAGCGACACCGAAGUCAACUACCUGGAGCACGUGCAGGCGGUGAUCACCCUCAACGCCAGCAGACGCGGGGACGUGGAGCUCUUCAUCGUUUCGCCGAUGGACACAAAGUCCAUGAUCCUGAGCCGGCGACCGAAUGACGACGAUUCGCGAGACGGUUUUACGAAGUGGCCAUUCAUGACGACUCACACCUGGGCCGAGAACCCCCGGGGUACAUGGAGGCUCAUGGCGCGCCUGAACAGCGAGACGGCCGAGGAAGGCUGGAUCAAGGAGUGGACCCUGAUGCUUCACGGAACGCGUGAGGAGCCGUACGCUCACCUCCCCGUCAAGGACCCUCACUCGAAGCUCGCUAUUGUAAAGAAAGCGCAUCAGGACAAGAACGAUUUUAGGAACACACCAAGAUUAAAUGCUUGAAGAAUCUCAAUUUUUUUGAGA